UCAACUCUUGCACAAUCGUGUUUAUGGCGCAGUAGAUUAAACUCAACACCGGUAAACCCUUGUGGUCCUGAAAUAAACUACCAAAGUUUAACUUGGAUUUGGGGGUCGGUAUUAACGCCGGAAGUUGAUAACAUUUUGCACCAGCCACUCAUGAUUUGGGUUACCUGUCAUUUGAUAAUGGGCAUCAAUCAAGAUAGCAUUGUUGUAUGACACAUUCCUGAGUGUGAAAAGAUCUGAUUGGAAUUGGACAAGUUUAAGCGUGCAGAGCAGCAUUUUGGCGAGGGCCUCGGUUGAAUUUUGUGUGAUUCCUAAUUUUUGACAACUCAUCGAUUUUGGCCCAGGAAUCUGGCCAAGUUGCAGAUGUGACUGCUUGGGACUCCUUGUUGCUAUGGCAACCCUGAAAGUGUCAACUGUAGUUGGAGAGAGUUGGCCAUAUAUUUGGUGUAAAUGAAAUCAGAAGUUCUGUCGGCAGACCCACAUGGAGGUGUCGGUAACAUCAAUACCACUUGUGUAAUCAACAGCAUUGUUGAACUGUUUGUAUGUGUAUGUGAAGUGGCGUUUGGUGGAUCGCUGUUCUGUAGCAACAGGAGAAGGGUUCCUCAUGCGAGGCAAUUUUCACUGGCUUGCCAACGUCGCCCGGGGCUGAGAUUAUUGACCAUUCCUACCACCUGUGGUACAUACAAUACUCCACAGCGUUUAAUCCUAAGCACAUCCAAGACAACUUGUUGAAUGGAUGUGUGUUUUGAAGGUGUUCUAGCAAGUACUAUGCAUUACUCUCUGCGGUGCUUGACGAGCACGGCUACCUAAACUUCUGUCAACUCUGUAAAAGAAGAAUUCCCUUUUGAAACUUCACACUUCUGAAAAAUUUGGGGCUGAGCCGAGGAGAAGCAGAACAGGAAUCGGCUGGAAAUUAUUUCUGUUGGAGUAUUCCAAGACUGUCAGCCUCCAACUGGGAGAUGUGGAUCUUUACAGCAUGACAAAUACACUCUGAGGAGUGUGUGUGGAGAUGUUUAAAUUAGCGAUUAGUUGGGGAUGAAAAAGCAUGGAGAAGAGGUGCCAGUAAACUUUUGCUGUAAUCUUUUUGAGAGUGCUUGAUGUGCUUGUCCAUGGAGAGCUGGACAAAUCUCAUCUUUGAAAGCUGCAAGACACCUGUGAUGCUGAUUAUUAAGGGAACUGGUUGGCUUUGUGUCAUGCAAAUCCUUUAAGACUGGGAUUUUUACAAAGAGGCGGUCUUUCAGCAAGAGUGGUGCAAGCCAGAGCGAGAUUUGAAUCCAGCGGUGGAGACAUCUGCCAGCGAUUUGGAAAGAAAUUGUCUGUUUGAAAUGAGUAGUUCCAAAGGAGUAACGUGGUAAAAGUGAGAAGGUGUUUUGUGAGCUCCGUGGCCUUUCAGUCACCUUUCCCUGCUCUUCGAGACUGUCAUCAGUUGGGGCUUACCAAGAUCAUGUGGACUUUAACACUUCAGGAUGCAUUGUGUUUAGAUGCAUUGGCUUGAUGCCUCUUCCACACCGGACAUCAUUUGAAACUUUCAACAGGAGCACGUAUAGCCAAAAGUCCACUACAAGAAUUUGCUGGUUAUCUGUGAGCGUACGUUUACAGUAGAUUUUUUCAAAGUGUCAUCAAGCCUUCGUUGCAAAUCCCAUCAGAAAAAUAAGGAGAAAAAAGGAAAUAUUUACCCGAAAGUUGAUCAGCUCUGAUAGCUCAACGAGUCACUUCACUGAAGACUGCAGUUGGCUGUAGCUGAAGUUCCUUCACAUGUCUGUGCACGAAAUUUCAGUCAGGAGACAUUUAUUAAAAGGUUCGUCGAUUUGGUGGAAUAUUUCACCCGUGCUUGGUAGGUCUGAGUGUGACUAGGGGUUACGAAGGGCUCGUCAUUGCUUGCUUAGUAGCGGACCUGUUACAGUAUUGCAAGACUCAAUCAGUUGGCACUGCCAACCUAAUUUCUCUUCUGCAGAAAUCUGGUUUCAUUGUGAAAGUUCUAACAAGUCCAUGCAAUGCAUUCAUUUGGUGAUUUACAAUAGUUUUGUCCCAAAAUUGUUGUUCUUUAGUCCUGCAUGGGUUUUCUGUGUGUUUAGAAACCUUCAAAACCUUGCUGAAGAUACGGUAUUUAGUCCUUUGCACUGGUUCGAGAAGUUGUUAUGAGUUUUGAGGCUGGUAUGUAACAAGCUCUGAAGUGCAGAUUGUGAAGGCAAAAACUCCAACCCAAAACAAACAAAAGGACAGAAAAUCUUCUAUACACAAUGCGUGCGCUCACUAAACAAAGAUGAGGGCUUGAUAACAAGAUUGACACCGUGUAAAGAAUGCAAACGGAUUAAUUGGAAAAUACCACCAUGACUUAAUAACCAUCACACGCCAAACAAUCACUGCGUGGGAAGGAUUUCGGUGUUCACUCUGGUCAUUAAUGCUCUGCAUUCAAGCAGAACUAUUUUGUAAGAAAGAAGAGGACAUUUCUGGCGUUCAAGCAAUGAGCUUUGGGGAUGUGAGGUGACAGGUCUCGCAGCUGAAGAGGAAAGCCAGGUGGCGUGUUGCUAAAGAAGUGUCGGUUGAAGAGCCUCUCUGUGCACGAGAAUUGAUUGUCGUUGUGAAGUUGUGAAGUCUGCCUUUGUUUCUCUGUCCGGUUGUGGAGGAUCAUUUGCCUCCUCGUCAAUCAGACAAUCGUUUUGGCAGAUGUUUUAAGUUGGCAAUUCGUUAAGCAUCUCAGGUGACAUCAGUGAUGCUAGGUGUAUUUUACAGAACCAUAUCUCCAGCAUUCAGGAUUGAAGCUUGCCAGUAUGCAGUUUUCAUCACUUGGAACCGAAAGCCCGCAUUUUCUUCAGUUGUCAAGAUUUUUCCAACUGUUUUUGCUAGAAGCUCAGAAGAAAUUUCCUUUGAGUUAGUAGCUGUGCUUGGCCUCUUCAAACUGUCUUCCUAGAAGAUUUUGAAAAAAGAAGAUUGGUCAAAGUUACGGCAACCUUCAAACUGUUGUAAGCAGCUGGGUAAUAUGGCAAGAAGAGAACCGACCAAAAAGACUCAUCCCGUACGGAACCAGUCGCAGUCAAAAAUCAUUCUAAGGGAAAACACGAUGACGCUUGGUGAGAAGGUCGCCCUUUACCAUCACCGCGCAGAUGAUUUGGACAAUGUACGCGUGGCAGCAUUCAGGGAAUGGCCUCGCGCUGCCAACAGUAGACAUGCUUUUGUAACCGAGGAGGCUCGGGCGGCUGAUAUGAAAACAGAGGGAGGAUUUGGAAGAAAGAAAUCAAAUGCCAAGGGAGAGAGAUUUAUCCCCACUGGACGGCGAUCAGCGAGCAAUAUGAGUUUGGCUGUGUGUGUGUCUGUGACAGAUUCCACCCACGAGCUGAUGGAGGCAGCGGAGAAGGGCGAUGCGUCAGUCGUCCGCCGUGUCUUGAAGGAGAGCUCGGCCGACAUGAACUUUGGCCACUCGGGCGACUACAGAACGGCUCUCCUCCGGGCGUGCCAGUAUGGGCAGGUGGACGUCGUUAAGGAAUUGCUAGAGGCUGGUGCUGACACGAGUAUCAGGACGGUCAAGAACCGGACUCUCCUGCACGAGGCCUGCGUUGGCGGCCACCCGAAGGUCUUGGAGCUGCUCCUGGAUCGGUUUGACGACAUUGAUGCCGUGGACGCAGAGGGCCAGAGCGCGUGCCACGUCGCAGGGUUCCAGGGAGAGCUGGAGUGCUUGCAGGUGCUGGCCGAGAAAGGUGCUGACACCUCACUGGAGGACAAGAAUCUGAAAAGCCCCGCCCACCUGGCAGCAGAGAGGAACCACCCUCGUAUCCUGAGCUAUCUGCUCAGCAAAGGCGUGGACAUUGAGACAUCGGACCGACUGGGGCGAAGACCCACCCACUAUGCAGCCAUCCACGGGGGCCUGGAGAGCCUGAUCCUCUUCGUCCAGGGCAACUGCGACACUCUGGCCACGGACAACGCAGGCUGCAUCCCCGCCCACUUUGCGGCCAAGAAGGACCACCUAGACUGCCUGCGGUUCCUGGUCAAGCAUGGCACGGACCUGGCCGCGAGGGAUGGGUCGGGCAGGACGCUGGCUCACAUGGCAGCUCAGUCUGGUGCGAUGACAUGUCUUCAUUGGCUGUUUGAAAAAGGAGCCGAUGCCUUGGCCAAAGACACCCAAGGGAACACCCCCGCCCAUCUGGCUGCGAGUGGGGGUCACGCCAAGUGCUUCAACUGCUGCCUGCAACACAAUGGGUCCCUGGAUGCCAUCAAUGACCGGCAAGACACGCCCAUGGACUGCGCCCGUCGGGCGGGGCACCCGCAGCUCAUGAGCAAAGCUGGAAACAACGAGGUGCGAUGUGUGCACUGUGCAGACAACUACGAGCUAGUGGAAUGGGAACGCGGCCACCAGCCCUCCAAAGUACAGAAAGCCAUCAACGAAAAGAAAGGAGACAUGUUCACCUCUCCCCUGCCCCGAAAACCGAAAGCUCAAGAAGUGCAGAGGCCGAGAGAUGCCAGGGCAAAAGUCACAGGUCAGGGGUCAUCAUCAUCUUCCACAGAGGCGCUGCCCAAGAGAGAUUUGGCCGCACGGUACUUUGGACGGGAAGACCACAAAUGACUUUUUUAACGGGGAUCCCUUGGCCGUGGGCGACGGAACACAGCAAGGAGAAAGUGUGACAUGGUCCCGGACCAUCCACUCUACAUCGUGCCACUAACGUUCACAACUGCGUUGUGUUGGAGACCACUUUGUGAUCUACACAAGACCUCUGGUCUGAAUUCAAGGCGCAAGCCAUUCAACCAAUCUCCAACAAAAGCAUUCCUUAGUCGCUGUUGGACCUACGACUGGUCCUGUGCAUCGUCUCGACUACAGCAGUUUUGUAAUAAAAAAAUGAGUAACUUUUGUGGAUAUUCAUAAUGUAAAUACUGUAUAUAAAAUGAGAUUCCUCAGAAUGAGUUUGUGCCUAUAGAAUACCAAAGUAAUAAAUGUCACUCACAGUGAAAGUCAACCAAGAA